AUGCCAUUGUCAUCAGGCUGUACCAAGUUGAAGCCCUGCGCCCUACCAAGAAGCCGUGAUCGCUGCCAGUACGAUUUUACAUCCUGCCUCACGGCGGUGGAUGGCCAAAGCUGCGAGAUACGAUGCUUGGAGCCCUUCUACAGCAGUCGGUCUGGAACCACGGGAGCUGGACUUGCACAGUGUCCUGCAGGAAAUGUUGACCCGGAACAGGAACUUCAAGUCUUGUCGCUGCCAGACUGCGUGCCACAGUGUGACACAGAGCCUCCUCCGGGUUUUGUGGGUUCGCACGAGAGUGGUUGGCGCUGUGACGAGGGCUACCUCGGAACUGCGACCGCCAGCUGCACGGUCACAGAAGUCGGUGGGAGUUGUAUUACAGAAUUUGCAGCAUCAGGCUGCCUGGCAAUUCAACCCUGCAUCCCCGCAGUGAACAACCGACUUGGCAAUCAAUGCAUGUACGACAUGGAGGCCUGCAAACAGGUCAGCGCAGGAUCCACCUGCGAAAUACUCUGCAAGCAUCCUUUUCGAGGCACUUCCACCAUUGGCACUUGUCCUGCUGACAACACAGAUCCCCUCAGAAUGGUGGAUGCCGUCCUGCCAGAUUGCGUUUUGAAGGUGCCAUGUCCGGAUCCAGAAGACGGAAUACCACCGGAAUACCGAUACACUGGCAACAUUCUUGAUCCAGUGGCUUGCUCGAGAGGCUUUGCUGGUCCAGCCAAAAGGGAAUGUGUGGCCAAGCUGGUGCCAAACAGCACAGACACCUGCUUUGCUGUGGGUAACUUUACAGGAUGUGACCUGAUCGUGCCAUGCAUGGCCCCGCAGAUCUCGUCUACUGAUUGCGAGCUGAACAGCACCUGCACAUCCAUCCUGAAUGCUGGUGAAAGCUGCGAGACAUCUUGCAACAAACCGUUGGAGGGGCAGAUGACUGUAGCAAGCUGCCCAGCAGACAACACUCAGUUAUAUCGUCCAGCUAUUUGGACGCGUCCGGUAUGCAUGUGCCCAGAUCCUCCCAUCAUCCCUCCUGGUUAUGCCCCUGCGCUGGGCGAGUGGGAAUGUUUGGCUGGUUACGUUGGGCGGGCCGUGAAGCUUUGUGAAUGUCAGGCAGACGAACCGCUACUACGCGGAUGCCACUCCCCAGUCAUUUGCGGUGCCUCGGGCUUUCAGGACACGGACAUGAGAACUGGCUUCGUGGGAGGACGGCUCCUGUUUGGGCCCUCAACUCUGGAUGGUAUGACAGAUGAGGACGGCGUGUCCAGCUACCAGGUCUUUUGGGCAGAUGAUUGUGGCGCCCCCCUCCCAGGCCUGUCGCCGCUGCUUACAGUACCGCCUCAAACUAUGGGCGGCCCUUCCAAUCUUUGGCCUGCAGGUUGCUGCAAGACAGAUGUCUACUCUGUGAGUAUUCCUCCUACAGAAUUGCCAUCCGAUGCCCGGCAACUGCUGAUCCUUGUGCUCACAAGCUCCGGAGCAGCGCCAGAUGGAUUGGUUGUUCCUGUGGAGGACAACAAGUUUGUUGAAAUUGUGACAGUCCCACCCAAAGGGACGGUUGGCAGCGGAUCCAACCGCAGGUGGGCUUCUCCUUUGCGGCUUCUUUUUGUGGCUGUGCUACUCAGAGCGCACAGUGAGUGGGCUUCUUAA